CUGUCUUGUCUGUAGAGAAGUAAAGAGAGAGAGACAGACGACGUUACAGUAUCUCUCUCUCACACGAUCAAGAAAUCUUUCAUCAUUCGCCGGAAAAAAUAUCAUUUCUCCGGCAUUAAUGGAGGACUCUAGAAUUUUCCCGUUCGCCGGAAACUUAGACCCUCGUGCUCAAGAGUUCAUACCACUGAACCCUAUCUCUUCUCAUUUUUACUUUCCGUACACUUCUCCUCCUCCGCCGCCGCUUCCUCCGCCUUUGCCUCCAUCUUCGUACGGAUUAUCUCCGACGGAGCCAAGAGUUUUCACGUUCUUUAAUCUUCCACCACAUCCGAUGAUGUUCUCUUCUCCUCCUCCACCACAACCACAACCACUACCACCACCGCGUCCGUGUUUCAGCGGCGUUUCGGCAGCUCAAAGGCCUACUAUACCGUCAAAUUCUCCGACGCGGUCGCUCUCUUUGAUAUUCGUACCGCGUGACGUAACCGAGUCCACGGUGAGACGUGACUUAGAGGUCUUCGGCGACGUCCGUGGCGUGCAAAUGGAGAGAAUCUCAGAAGGAAUCGUGACCGUACAUUUCUACGAUAUCCGUGACGCUAAAAGAGCGGUUCGUGAUGUUUGCGGUAGACACAUGCAGCACGAAGCUAGACUCAGUGGUGGCAGCGGCGGCGGAGGUGGAGGUGGAAACGUUUGGAGCUCACCUUCUUCUUCUUCAUCGGCGCGUGGGUUUGUUUCCGGCAGACCUGUAUGGGCUCAGUUCGUAGUUCCGGCGACUAGUGCUGUUCCCGGAGGUUGCAACCAAGGAACGUUGGUGAUAUUUAAUUUAGACUUUGAGGUCUCUUCCAUUGAUCUCAGACAGAUUUUCCAAGUUUACGGUCCGAUCAAAGAGUUGAGAGAGACGCCGUACAAGAAACAUCAAAGGUUCGUUGAGUUUUAUGAUGUAAGAGAUGCGGCGAGAGCAUUUGAUCGAAUGAAUGGUGAAGAGAUCGGUGGUAAGCAAGUUGUGAUCGAAUUUAGUCGUCCAGGUGGACUUAAGAACAGGUUCAGGUCAUCUAGGCUACCACAGCUACCGUUUCAACCGCUUCAACCACCACCGAUUCUAAAUCCUCCUUAUCUGAGGCAGUCUGUAACUCUUAUGAAAGAUAAAAACAAGAUUGUGAGCCCUAGUAAUGGUGUUAUCGCUGUUAAUGCUUCUAUGCGUUCGUUAUCUAUCAUUGAUGACGUCGAUAAUAAGACCCGAGGAACCCGAGGAGCGGAAUCUGAAUGCGCGGAGACAAAAAGCAAGAACAUGGCUAAGUGGGGGAAGAAAAGACAGAUGAAGAACAUGGAACUAAGUCAGUUUCUUAUCAGUGAAGAAACCAUGGAAGAUCCAAGUUGCAGAGAUCCACGUACCACUUUGAUGAUCAAGAACAUACCAAACAAGUACAGUCAAAAGCUACUGUUGGAUAUGCUGGACAAGCAUUGCAUCCACAUCAACGAAGCGAUCGCUGAGGAGCACCGUGAACAUGAGUCUCUUCAUCAGCCCUUUUCUUCUUAUGAUUUCGUGUAUCUCCCGAUGGAUUUCAACAACAAGUGCAAUGUUGGUUAUGGGUUUGUGAACAUGACAUCUCCGGAAGCAGCUUGGAGGUUUUACAAGGCGUUUAAUCAUCAACGUUGGGAGGUUUUUAAUUCGCGUAAGAUUUGCCAAAUCACAUAUGCGAGAGUUCAGGGUCUGGAGGAUUUAAAGGAACACUUCAAGAGCUCGAAGUUUCCAUGCGAGGCUGAGCUUUACCUUCCGGUGGUCUUCUCGCCGCCCCGAGACGGGAAGCAGUUACCAGAACCCGUCUCUAUCAACAUUAACGGCUGCAUUAAACUCAAUCAUAGUCGUAUUGAGCAAAUGGACGGUCAAGAUCACUCUGAGAGUGGGUCAUGUUGUGACAGUGACCAUGAUAACAGUCAUGAAGAUGGAUUUUCCGGCAGUAGCGUAGACGGAGGCCGGAGUAUCGCCGUGGAAGGAGAAACAUCUUUCUAGGUGUAUGUUGUUUGUAUUGUGUGUAUGAUAAGAUAUAGUAUAAAAAAUGUAAGUAGACAUGAUCUUGGUUAG